AUGAAUCAUCAUUUUCAAUGGAAUACGAGCAGAGAUGAUGUAGGUAGAAAGAAAUUUCUUCCCGCACUUUUGUUUUUUUCUCUUUGCUUUGUCUUUUGUCUAUCACAUCAAUGCCUACACACGAAUGAUUCUGAAAAGCAGAAGCCAAAAUGGGAGAAGAAUCCAAACAUUUUGAGAAUGCUGUCGGAGAUAUCGCUUGACCGAUUAGAAAAGUUUGUUGAUCUAAAUGACAUAAAAUUAUUGGAGGCGAAUAGACAUUUGUAUUUUCUCCCCAUUAGUAGCACCAUAAUAAAAGAGGAAGAAAUGAAAUUCUUCGAAAAAAAAUGUGAAAAAAGUGGAAAAAAUGAAAAUAUCUCGUGUACUAAAGAGGAUAGUAGCGACAUCUGUGAUAAUUACAACAGAAGUAGAAGAGGAAAUAUUGAUUCAGAAUAUGAGGGAAGCCAAAUAGAAAGAGAAAUAAUAUAUGAAACGAGAUUCUAUAAAGAAUUAACGGAAGAAGAAUUUGAAAAUGUGGUAAAUGGAUUGGGAGUAUAUGUUGAUGUUAAAGAUAUGAAUGUUUUAUGGAAUUAUGUAAAUGCAAAUAGAAAAAAAAAAUAUUUAAAUUUAAAAGAAGAAAUGUGGAAAGAGUGUGAAUUUUUAUCCCGUAAGUAUAAUAUACCUGAGGAAUGCACAAUGAAAGCAUGGAGAAAAGCACAUUUACAUUUGAAAGAUGAUUUGAUAAAGAAGGAAAGGGAUGACUAUUUAGAUUUGAAAACAUUUAUUGAUGCAGGUACUAUUCCACGUUGUAAAUACAUAUCAUUUUUAAUAGACAAAUAUGAGUCUUGGAAUGAUCUUCUUGACAUGGCAACUGAUAGUUGGAAGAGUUCCAUUUCUAGUAGUUUCGAUAAAUACCUUGUUCAAGAUAGAUUGGAAAAGGAAAUUGAUUGA